UGUACCGCAGCCUCCUGCAAAGCGCAGGUGCGGCGUCGGUAUCCGCCGUCUCCCUUAUACUGUUGAACAGAACAGCCUUGGUCAGUCUGUAGGUUUGGAACAUGUCACAGAUGAAUAAUGGAGACUGAAGCCAACCUCAAACUGUACCAAUUAAAGAAAAAUCAAGACCCCAGACUAUACCAAUAAAAGGAAAAUCAAGACUCCAGACAGUACCAAUAAAAGGAAAAUCAAGACCCCAGACAGUACCAAUAAAAGAACAAUCAAGACCCCAGACUAUACCAAUAAAAGAUAAACCAAGACCCCAGGCUACACAAGCAGCAGAAAAGAGGACUAUUUCAACCCUUAGCCUUGAGACAGAAGCAGAAGAGAUGGAAUCAUCAGAAAGUGUAAAUCAGCAGAAAAAGAUGUGCAAGAGAAGGAAGGCUAUAGUGGUCAGGAUUCCAGGGGCUUUUGAUGAACCCAUGGAGGAGCGAGACUCUGGCAGGGAAUCCAGGAAAAGGAUGGGGAGAUCCAUCUCCGAGGAUGGAGCAGGAAGCACAACAACCCGACUAGCUUCCAAAGCUGAUGGAGAAAUCAAGACAGCAAAGUUGGUUUGGACAAAAGGAGACCUGCGGGGAGGUGCGGGCGGAGCCAGGGGGUGGCUUUGUGCCAGUGACAUGCUGUUUGUGCUGAAACCAUUUGGGGUGCAGAUCCUCAGGCUACAGCCACCACCAGCUCCCAGAAGCAAUGUCUCCAUCAAAUACCUGAGGAGGGUCAGAAGGAGGGAACAACAGACUAAUGAGCAGGAUCAGGAGCACAAGUACCGGGGUAGGCAGAGUCCCCCCAGGAAGGCGGCCACUGAUUGUCACCUGGACCCCAGUCAGAAUGAUCAGCUGAGGGCCUGGAUUCAUGGGAAGGACCUGCUGGCUAAAAAGGAGAGGCUUGCUAAGAGGAGAGAGAGAAGGGCUGUGAGGAGAGAGCAGAGGAGGAGGGAGCGACAAAAAGAGGAGAGGGCAAAGGUGUCGGAGCAGAAAGUCAAAGAGUGGAUGGAAAAGAAAGGCGGGGAGGCCGCCAGUGUUGAGAAACACAAAAGAAAGGAAAGUGAGCUAAGGGAGCAGAUAUCUCACACAGGGGAACAGGUGAGAGGCACUGUGGAUGCUUCUAGAGCAGGCAAAUACAAGGGUGAAGGAUUCUCCCGACAACCAGCAACAAAGCGCAUGUCUAAGUUGGCUGGUGUGGUUCCCAGUCAACCAGAAAUGCAAAAUGGGUAUCCAGCUGCAAAACCGCAUCAUUCAGUUAGGAGAGAUCCCGUUACCCCGAAUAAUGGAAUAGAGAGGAGACCAUCUGCACCACUGCUGGUUGGGAAACUUGAUCAAGCAGGUGUCCCUGCAGAGGCUACUGACUAUUCUGAGCUUCAGGUGGGUGUAAAGCCAAGGUUGAAAGCAAAAUGGAAGGAGCAAAAUGUUACCAGUGUGGUGGGACUCGGUAAUGAUGGUAUAAAACAUAAGGCAAAUAAAUCAGGCUUGCUUUCCUCCAAGGAAUCUAGACAAGUGAAGGAAAAUGCUACACUGAGACAAGACAGCAACAUCAUGGGAUUUCAGGGGUCUGAAAGCAACCUGAGACCGCAGGGCAAGUGGGUGGAUGCAACACGUGCCAUCCAGUUGCCUCAGGACACCAACUGCAAUCUUAGAGGUCAUUCCACCAGAGGGACUCGCAGUGAGAGGCUGCAGAAGAAGGUGGAAGAAGGGAUGGAGAGGAAGCUAAGGGUGAAGAAGCCAAGGGUAGAUAAGGAAGCUAAACUGGAUCCUCAACUCAAGCACCUUCUCCCGGGAUCAUCCAGCAGGAGGGGACUUGUCACACUGCAUGGGAUGAAGAAGGCAGGCAGUGACAUCACUUGUCGCAACGCUGAUGAAAACACUCAUGGACGUCAAAAGGCGGUCACAGCCGACCGGCCCUGGCUGGAUGAAACCAGGUUGAAAUCCUCAAAUAAUCAGGAUUUGAAGAUGCAGCACAAAGAAGCAACAGCAUCACCCAAGGUCACAGGAAAGCAGGGAGCCGUUAUAGCUUCUCACUCCAUUCAGAUAAGAUCGGGCGGAUCCACUGACCAUUGCAUCCCGGGGGCUAGUGUGCAAAAGAGACUGGGGGGCAGUGCCCAAGGGAUACAGGAGGGCAUGAGACUGCAUGAGAGGCCAGAGCCUCAGGGUAGAGAAGCCCAAGAGCUUUCAGACUAA